GGACUGGGCUCGGGACACGAGCGAGUGGGACUGAGUUAGCAACAUCGAGGGGCGACAAACCCGCAUCAAAAUGAGUGUCAACACUGUGAGGUUUGCUGUGGUCGUACUUAGUGUCUUUGGGUUCUCCUCAGCCACCCAAGUGGGUCUGACCGACAAAGUCCUGGUCUUUCCUUAUGAGACGGACUUCAGCUUCGUGGCCCUGAUCCCACAGAAGGAGAUGGGGCUGAGGGCCUUCACUCUCUGCAUGCGUGUGGCCACCGAACUCCCGGAGGAGCGCCAGAUCAUCCUGUUCGCCUACCGCACCGCCGACUACGACGAGCUCAACGUGUGGCGUGAGAAGGAUGGACGCGUCUCCUUCUACAUGAGCGGUGACGGCAUCUUCUUCCACCUGCCACCCCUAACCACCUUCCGCACCAGCCUCUGCCUCACCUGGGAGUCUCGCACCGGCCUGGCUGCCUUCUGGGUGGAGGGGAAACGCAGCACCUACCAGGUCUACAAGCCGGGGCACACCAUCCGUCCAGAUGGCACCGUCCUCCUGGGGCAGGACCCGGACAAACACCUGGGGGGUUUGGAGGCCGUGCAGAGCUUUGUGGGAGAGGUGACCGAUCUGAAUAUGUGGGACUUUGUGCUCUCCAGGAGCAUGAUCCAGGCCUGGCAUUACGGGCACAAGGUCCCCAAGGGCAACAUCUUCGACUGGGGCACCCUGGAGUAUGAGCUGAACGGGAACGUGAUGGUGGUGGAUGAUGACUGACUCCCUGUGGAGUGGGUUGCUGAGAGAGACGAGGCCUUAGAGAUGUGUGACGGACUGAUGAUAUGUGUGGUUGUCUUUCUUAGAUUCACUGUUGCUUCAUUUUAGGGCCCAUGUAAGUACACAAAUCUCAGUUUGAAUAUUGCAUGAGGAACGUCGUGAUCAUCUGAGAGAGUGUAGAAAGGAGCAGUAUUUCUGGGCUUGGUUGAAUAUCCUCCCUUUUAUAACCACUAACUAUUUUCAGCAGCAAAAUGCAACAAGAGCCAACAGCUUGUGGAACACAGAAGUCAGUUGUUUUACAUCAGUAACUCUUUUGUAUGUCAAAGCCUCAUUCUUUGAUUGUUGUGAUCCUUUACUGAAGUAAAAGUACCACACUGUGAACAUUCUCCAUUACAAGUGAAAGUCCCGCCUCCGUAACCUUACUGAAAGGAGACCUCUUAGGCUUUUUCAGUUGUUUUGCUUUCCUUCAGUGAUUUAUAAAAGUUCUUGUGCAUGUAAAAGAUCUUAAAAAGUUAUAAAGGUCAAAGUCCGCACUGACAGACGCUCCCCUCUCCCACAGAAAACUAUGCUCCCCAAACAUCUCAUCAGUAGUCCCGCCUUGAAUUCUGUCACAGAUGUCACCAUGUCAUGCAUUUACAUACUUCAUACCUCGUGGCACAGAAGCUCGGCUGCUCUGUUGUUGCUAGCAGUGCUGGCUCAGGCGUGUGAGAGCCGACGAAUCAGAGAUAAACUGGAUAUUUUUUUGGAGGAAGGGGCCUUAAAGAGAUGUGCACUAAUGUGUAUGUUGCAUUUUACUGCUUUAGAUGUUAAAGGUUGAACUCAUUUAACUACAAUAUAACCUGUUGGGUCGUUUAAUUUACAGCCAUGCAUCAUGUUCGAUAAGAUGAUCAGAUGUAUGACAGCUCAUCACUGUCCUGUGAGAACCACAAAAAUGACAUAUUCCAACUAAUCCAGGAGGGUUUUUAAGUAGGAGUUAGUUUAUCAUAAAGGUGCACUAAGUAGUUUUAGGAAAGAAAUUUUAAUCAGAAAAUAAAAAUGGUAUCUUCAGUGAGUGAUUUUUACGACCAAAUAAACUGAAUAAACAAACUGACCUUUAAGGACAACACGCUUUAAUUCUGCUCUCUACUUUGUUUAUGUUUGGCGGACCCUGCCAGCUCUCAGCUUUAGACUUAUCCAAGCUUAUUCCCCUCUGAGAACAACUUGUGUCUUCAGUCAUGGAGAUAAAUAAAGAUUACUUAAUGUAUAUUAUUUCCUUAUUGAUAUUGUUAAUAUUACCUGUCUGAGUUAUAAUUUCUCUACCAAAACUACAUAGUGCCCCUUUAAACGUAGGACAAUUUUCUCAGCCCACACAGGAACCCUGCACAACCAAUUCACCAACACCACAUAUGGGGAUAGAUGCUUUACUGGACAGGAGGGCUGUAAACAGCUGCAAUCUGUAAUGUAACUAGCUGUCAGAUAAGUACAAUGGAGUGGAAAGUGCAAUGUUUGCCUCUGAGAUGUUGCACGGUGAAAGAGUGUACAUUUAAGCUUUCAUUUGCACUUCAGUUCCCUACUUAAGUACACGUGAAAAACGUUGUUGUGCCUCAUGUAUCCAUGAGGUGGCGCUCUCUACUAGUCCACGUCAAACAGACGCUCCUUAAACUGAAGCACGACCAAGCUCGCAUCUGCUCGUGAUUUGACAGAUUAUUAACAAGGCCACCAAUAACUGAUGAAAUGUCAAGAAUAAAAAAACAGUUGCUACAAUCCAGAUCAGUUUACAUUUAAUUACUUAUUAUUUACAUGUGUUUACUACAAGACAUCAGGUUACAUUAUCUUGAAAUUUUCACCAGCCUUUAAUAAUAAUAAUAGGCAUUUUAGAUUAGAAUUACAGACAAAUGUUGAUUCCAAACUAUCUUCUUUAUUUUGUCAGACUUUAACGUACUGCAACAAAUGCAGUAACACACGUGCAGUUAUUGCACAUCAGCUUGUCCAGUGAGACCGAUGAUAAAAAUGUAAAGGUUAUUAACACAUCAGACUGGCAGAUGUGUUGUUUCUACUGUAGACCCGGUGAUUUAACUGCACUCGGAGACAAACAAACGGCAAUUAUCGUGUUUAAAAAUCCGUCGCCAUAAUUUUGCCCUUGGUUAACAUAGUCACUCAUGAAUUUUCCAUGUUUUCAACUGAUGUAAGAACGCUUUUGGGUCUGAAAUAAGAAAUCUUGCCGUGCGCAUGACUAAUAAUGUUUGCAA